AUGGCAACUGCGCACCGCCCUCAGCAGCUAUGCGCGCCACGCAGCACCCUGACGUUUGUCAUGCUUCGAGACGGCUAUACUCACCCAUUGGCAUAUCGCGACACGAUUAUAUCUGGGAAAACAUGCGCAUUAUGUCGGUUGAUGAUUUGCUCAACUGGCAAGCUUUUAGUCAACCUUGACUCCUACAAGAUGCACAAUCAAUAUGACUCUUUGACUCCCAGAUUACCCGAGCUGUCAGCAGUUUCCAGGGAAGAAAGUACAAUCUCAGGGCAAUCGCCACUCAUUGAAAAGUUGAAACAACUGGCCGAGUUGAACUGGAGCACGAGCCAAUAUAUCAGUGACCUCAAGAACAGCUGGGAGGUAAGAAAGGGAAACUUCAACGAUCGUGAGACAAUUCAGAUUACAGCUCCAGCAGACUCGUUAUAUGGAGCCCACGGCUUUGUGCCGCUCACCGAUAUAGAACCGGCAUCAUCUAAAAGAAACUACAGAGUGCUUCGAAAAUGGCUCUCUACCUGCAUGGCCAGCCAUGAAGGGUGUCACUUAUCACACUCCAUGACAGAUGAAUCAGCCGAAGAGACCACGGUGCUACCGACCAGAGUUAUCGAUGUGGGCGAUGUAAAAGAGCAUCGGGCUAAGCCACGUCUCUUCGUGUCGAACAAGGCAUCAGGACAGUACAUUGCCCUGAGCCAUCGUUGGAGCAAAGAAGUCGCAACAAAACUGAAGAGUGACAACCUCAGCCGAUACCAGAAAGAGCUCCCGGUGAAUGAUAUGCCGCCCACAUUUCAGGACGCUAUUGAAGUAACACGCCAACUUGGUUUCCGUUAUCUUUGGAUCGACUCGCUCUGUAUCAUCCAAGACGACGAGUCUGAUUGGUCGCACGAGUCCCAUAGGAUGGGAACCAUCUUUGAAGAGGCCGUUUGCACAAUCGCUGCUGUCGAUUCCGUGGACGACAACGGGAUCGACCACGGUUUGUUUCUACCACGAGACACCGAUCCGCUUUCAGUCAAACUCACGAUUCCCUACAAGAAAGUACCUCUCAGCAAGCUAUCCCAGCGAGCAUUUAAAACCCAUACUUCGGUCUAUGUUUGGAAGAAGCAAUGGCUAAGGGAAAUACCAACCAUAAAAACUUGCGACAAAAACACCAUCACGAUUCGUCCACGCAUUGUGUCGUCUUAUGAGAGACUCCUCUCUCGACGACUGAUAUAUUACACCAAGAACAAGCUCUCCUGGUCUUGCUUCACGGAAAGUGGUGAGGAGGAGGGCGGUGAUCCCAAACAGGCUGCCAGGACUCCUCUGCUUCCGCUGUGGAGAAGAAGUUACUAUCCAAUUUUCCGGACUUGGGAGCCCAUCAUUUCAGAUUACCAACGCUGCCAGUUGACGUUUAGCAAAGAUAGGUUGGCCGCUGUUGGUGGUAUUUCUGCUCGGCUAGAAGCCCACUUCUCGUGCAAGAUCUACGCCGGAAUCGUGUUCCAAUCGCCGUGCGACGCGGCGGAGAAUUUGCUCUGGUAUGCCAGUAAGGCGCCUUUGCGGACGUUUAACGAGUUCCACGCGCCUUCCUGGACCUGGGUCGCUUUUAAUGGCGAGACAUCAUUCUUCAUGCCGACACCACCUGGAACUAGCGACCUUUUGAUAAGUAGGCUAGACUUCAAGACUCGUAAUCAGUCCGAGUCGACGGAUCCAUCGAAGGACUGCAAAGGAACUUGUGUGUCUGGGAGUGUUUCCUUUGAAGGUCCGGCCGAAAAACUUACUCGGCAAUGCAAGCUGAAGGAUUUGAAAAUUGCAGGAGGUCCGAUCGACCCAAUUAGCGAAAGAGAGAUCCUGGCUGGAAUUCUAGGCCGUGCUCUUGUGCCGAAUAUCGUCAUACCGCGGUUUGGCGAAUUGGGAAAGGAAGUUCGAAUGCCAUAUAACCCACCAGUGCCAGAUCACACAGAGAUACUGGAAGACAAAUGCGGCUGCAUCGUCGGGUUUUUUAUACCGGAUCUUGAGGAAGAGCUUGAGCAGGCUACAGGUGAGCAACAGAUCAUAUGUGUGGGCGUAAAGCGCUAUCAGGACCAGUACCGGGAAUUCAACUCAAGAGAUCGUGGCUGUAUGUUUCAACCGCGUUCCAAGGAUUUCAAAUCAGAAUUUAUGGGCAGGGGAGCAUGA